CAUUGUGAGCCAUACACUAAUCAGCAGCCUGCACCACCCAGUGGCUGCCAGGGACGGGCAUGGAACAUACACGUCUGAAGGGAUGCUGAGGAUGCCGCGUUUGAUAUAACACCGUUGCACUGAACACAUUGAGCUCUGCUCCAGACGAGCACGGCCAGCAGCAGCAGCAGCUCCUGGUAGUUGGCAGCGCUGAGCUUGAGUUGAAGAACGCAGCGCAGGGCUCUCCAAGCAAGCAGAUGAUGGGGAAGGUAGCCCUCCUAUGUGUGUAUGCAGCAGCCUGCAGUGGGGUUCUGGCAGCAGCUGCAGCAGCGACGGGCAGGUCAGACAGAGGCAAUUUUCUGGAUGAUAAACAAUGGCUAACCACAAUAUCCCAGUAUGACAAGGAUGCCGGACACUGGAAUCGAUUCCGAGAUGAAGUAGAGGAUGAUUACUUCCGAACUUGGAAUCCAGGAAGACCAUUUGAUCAAGCUCUGGAUCCAGCUAAAGAUCCCUGUUUAAAAAUUAAAUGCAAUCGGCAUAAAGUAUGCGUUGCCCAGAAUCAGGAAACUGCAGUGUGUGUCAGUCACAGAAGACUUACCCACAGCAUGAAAGAAGCGGGAUUAACUUAUAAGUACUGGAGAGGUGUUCCCCUAACAUCGAGUUGCAAGCAAUGUCCGGUUGCGUAUACAAGUCCUGUAUGUGGGUCUGAUGGGCAUUCAUAUUCAUCUCAGUGUAAAUUAGAAUAUCAAGCCUGCAUCAUGGGUAAACAAAUAACAAUGAAAUGUGAGGGACAUUGCCCAUGUUCUUCAAGCAAAUCAAGAAAUGUAAAUAAAAAUAAAAAAAGAGUUUGCACUGAUCAAGAGUUCAGAGAAAUAGCUAACAGACUAAGAGAUUGGUUUAAAGCACUUCAUGAAAGUGGAUUCCAGAAAAAGAAGGCUAAAACAACUUCAAGACCAGAAAGAAGCAGAUUUGAUACCAGCAUUCUACCAAUAUGCAGGGAUUCUCUUGGGUGGAUGUUUAAUAGACUUGAUAGAAAUUAUGACCUGCUACUGGAUCAGUCUGAGCUGGGAAGCAUUUAUAUUGACAAGAAUGAGCAAUGUACCAAGGCUUUCUUCAAUACAUGUGACACAUACAAGGACAGCUUAAUAUCCAACAACGAGUGGUGCUACUGCUUCCAGCGCCAGCAAGAUCCGCCUUGUCAAACUGAGCUUGGUAAUAUUCAAAAGCAGCAAGGAUUAAAGAAGCUUCUUGGACACUACAUUCCAGCAUGUGAUGAAGAUGGGUAUUAUAAACCAGCUCAGUGUCAUGGAAGCAUUGGUCAGUGCUGGUGUGUUGACAGAUAUGGAAAUGAAGUGACAGGAUCCAGAAAAGUUGGCUCAGUGGAAUGUGGCGGUGAUUCAGACACAUCAGGGGAUUUUGGAAGUGGAGACUUUCAUGACUGGUCUGAUGAUGAAGAUGAUGAUGAUGAAAUGAUGAACGAUGAAGAUGAGAUUGAAGAUGAUGAUGAGGAUGAAGGAGGCGAUGAUGAUGAAGAAGAUGAAGAUGGUUAUAUUUGACAUAAUAUAGUACAAGAUAAUUCUAUUUUUCAUGUCUACAAAGAAAAAGACAUCUCUUAGGAAAUACCUUUUGCUCACGUCGCCACCAAG